GAUUAAAACGGCUAAUAGUAUUAGCACCCCGACAGGUCUCUCUGGCUCGGCGUUUUCACCGACUCGGUUCCCCGAACUCAGUUUCGACCAGGUCAGACCUCAAGAAUCCGAGAGAAGCAGAAGAGGAAGGAAAGGGUAGCAGCCAGCCCCACUCAUCUCAAACCCUCUCCCUCUCCCGCUCAAGGCGCCGCCCGAUUCUUCCCCGAAAUGGCGUUGCAGAGCAAUAAUUGCGUCCCCUUCCUCCUCUCAAAACCUUCCUCCUCGCCCCGCACCGACCGCCCUGUCCUCUCCCCCGCCCUCCGACCCCGCCCCUUCGCCCCCGCCGCCGCCGUCGUCCUGAGGAGAUCCCCGCCGCCGCGUCUCGUCCGCCUGGCGCGCGCGAGCGCCGGGGGCGACGCCGCCAGCAGCAGCAGCAGCAGCAACAUGAAGAAAGGAUCGGUGCCGAAUUCCAACUACGUGGUGCCGCUGGACCGGUCCUUCUCCUCCUCCUACUCCUCGUUCGUUACGCGGCCCCUCGUGGAGAUACUCCGCGACCUCAACAAGAGGAUCCCCGACGACGUCGUCCGGCCCCGCCCCCCGCACGACCACGCCUCCUCCCCCAACUCCAUUCCCUGGUACCACGCCAAUCGGAUGAUGAGCUUCUAUGCCCCUGGGUGGUGCGGAGAAAUACGUGAUGUUAUAUAUUCUGACAGCGGGAGUGUGACUGUGGUGUAUCGUGUUACCAUAAGGGGAUCUGAUGGAGAGGCAUAUCGAGAGUCAAGUGGGACGGUUUCAUGCAGCCAUGGUGAACUUGCAGACCCAGUGGCUGCAGCAGAGGAAAUAGCUUUCUGUAGAGCAUGUGCUCGGUUUGGCUUAGGCCUGUAUCUUUAUCAUGAAGAGUAGACGCCGUGCUCUUUGAGGGCAUCAACUUUGUUUGUUUCAUUCAAAAAUUGGCUUUAGUUUGUCAGACUUUACCAAUAUGUGUACAUACAAAGUAGAUGAGAUGUGGUCAUCCCUCAUAUUCACAGACAGAAUAGGAUUGUGAAUAUCAAGGCUUAGAUUUACAACUUGAAUAAAAAUUUCUCAUGGAUUUAGCACAUAGAGUUUUGCGA